CCGCCAUGUCCACCCUGCUGGAGAUCAAGAGCAGCGUGCUCAGGCAGGUGCAGGCAUGCCCGUCCUUCCUCCGCAAGGCCGAGCAGGAGCCCGAGAGCAAUGCUGACCUUCAGGAGCCCGCCACGGGGGCCUGGAAACCUGGUGAUGGUGUGGAAUUCUUCGCCCACAUGCGCCUCAUCUUGAAGAAAGGGGAUGGCAGACAGGGCCUGCCCUGCCCCGAGGUCCUCUUACGCAGCGGCUCCCCAGCUCCCACUGAGCCUGUGGACCCCAACCGUGGCCUGAGAACACUAACCCAGGAGGAGGCAGAGAUGCUGUACGAGGAGGCCUUGUACACAGUCCUCCACCGGGCAGGCACCAUGGGCCCCGACCAGGUGGAUGAUGAGGCAGCCCUGCUGGGCUACCUUCAGCAGGUGUUUGGAACCAGCCCUGAGGAGCACGCUGAGGCCAUUGAGCGUGUGAAGAAGGCCAAGGCUCCCACAUAUGCCCUAAAAGUCUCGGUCAUGCGUGCCAAGAACCUUCUGGCCAAAGACCCCAAUGGCUUCAGCGACCCGUACUGCAUGCUGGGCAUCCUGCCCGCCUCGGGCGCCCCUCGGGAGCCCAGCGGGCAGAAGGAGCAGCGCUUCAGCUUCCGAAAGGGCAGCAAGCGCAGCGGCCCACUUCCUGCCAAGUGUAUCCAGGUCACCGAGGUCAAGAACAGCACGCUGAACCCUGUCUGGAAGGAGCACUUCCUAUUUGAGAUCGAGGAUGUUAACAUGGACCAGCUGCACCUGGAUAUCUGGGACCAUGAUGAUGACGUGUCCCUGGCAGAAGCCUGCAGGAAGCUGAACGAAGUGAUCGGCUUGAAAGGCAUGAGCAGGUACUUCAAACAGAUUGUCAAGUCAGCCCGUGCAAAUGGCACCGCAGGGCCCACUGAGGACCACACUGAUGACUUCCUGGGGUGCCUCAACAUUCCUGUCCGGGAGGUGCCCGUGGCCGGUGCUGACCGCUGGUUCAAGCUGGAACCUCGCUCCAGUGCCUCCCGCGUGCAGGGAGAUUGCCACCUGGUCCUCAAGCUGAUCACCACUCAGAGGGACACGGCCAUGAGCCAGCGUGGGCGAUCAGGCUUCCUGUCCUACCUGUUGCUGCUCAGUCGAGUGCUGCGAUUUGAGCACCGAAUAGAGGAGCCCAAUUCCAGCAGCUGGCGUGGUGAGCUCAGUGCACCUGGGAACACCGUUCUCUGCCUUCAUGGAGCCCAGAGCAACCUGUCACCCUUGCAACUAGCCGUGCUGCACUGGCAGGUCAGCAGUCGCCACCAUCAGACACGCACACUGGACUAUGGCUACCUGCUGGGGCUGCUGGAGGACAUGCAGGCACACUGGGAGGAGGCAGCUUCACUGCCCCAGGAACAGGAGGAAAGCCUGGCCGACAGCUUCUCUGCUUUCUCUGAGUUCGGGCUUCGGCUGCUGCGCCAGCUCCGAGAUUACUUCCCUGCCACCAACAGCACAGCGGUGUACCGCCUGGAGCUGCUGCUGAAAUGUUUGGACAAGCUGCAGCUCUUCCAGCCAUCCUUCGAGAUAUGUCCCUUUGAGACAGAGCUGAACAUGGACAUUGCUGCAGCCCUGAAGAGAGGGAACCGGGAGUGGUACGACAGGCUUCUGAAUGCCAAGAGUCCUCGAGAGCAGCCAGCACCGCAGCGCCUGCCUGGGCUCAUUGAGCUAGCAGAUAUCAUCUAUGAGGACCUGCAAUCUUGCUAUGGCAUCUAUGCCAGCCUCUUCCAUGGCAUCCUCAAGGUGGACUUCUUCACUCUUACCUUCCGGCAGCUGGAACGUUUGGUGGCUGAGGAGGCUUGGGUGCUGACAGAAGAGCUGAGCCCCAAGAUGAGUCUGGAGGUGGCUGCCGGGCUCUUUGAGCUCUACCUCACUCUGGCUGACACCCAGCGCUUCUGGAGCUGCAUCCCAGGCCGGGACAGCCGCUCCCUGGCCCUGGCCGGCAUCCACACGCCAUUCCUGCCUGCGGUGAAGCUCUGGCUGCAGGUGCUGAGGGAUCAGGCCAAGUGGCGGCUUCAGGGAGCUGUGGACGUGGACUCGCUGGAACCUGUGGACACAGCCUCCAAACACAGCAGCUCUGCGACCACCGCCAGCCUUUGCUUCAGCCACAUUCAGGAGCUUUGGGUCCGCCUGGCCUGGCCUGACCCUGCCCAGGCCCAGGGGCUGGGUACCCAGCUCAGCCAAGACAUGUGUGAGGCCACCCUCUUCUACACCGAGCUGCUGAGGAAGAAAGUGGACAGUCAGCCAGGGGCCGUGGGCGAAGUUGUGAGUGAACCGCUCUGUGUGGUGCUCAACAACGUGGAGCUGGUGCGCAGAGCCGCAGGGCAGGCUCUGAGGGGCCUGGCAUGGCCCGAAGGGGCCUCAGUGGUGGCAGGGGUGUUGCCCCGGCCUCUGCUCGGCUGCACGCAGGCUCUGGAUGAGGAUCUGCAACGUGAGGCCCGCACGGUGACAGCACACCUGACUUCCAAGAUGGUGGCAGACAUCCGGAAGUACGUACAGCACAUCAGCCUGUCCCCUGACUCCAUUCAGAACGACGAGGCUGUGGCUCCUCUAAUGAAGUACCUGGAUGAGAAAUUGGCCCAACUGAGUACCUCGCUGGUGAAAGAGAACCUGAACCGGGUGCUAGAGGCCCUGUGGGAGCUGCUCCUGCAGGUGGUUCUGCAGGCACUGGGUGCAAACAGUGACGUCUCCACUGACUUCUACGGGCGCUUCCACUUCACACUGGAGGCGCUGGUCAGUUUCUUCCAUGCAGAGGGCCAGGGCCUGCCCCUGGAGAGCCUGAGGGAUGGAAGCUACAAGAGGCUGGAGGAGGAGCUGCGGCUCCACAAGUGUUCCACCCGCGAGUGCAUUGAGCAGUUCUACCUGGACAAGCUCAAACAGCGGUCUCUGGAGCAGAACCGGUUCGGCCGCCUGAGUGUCCGCUGCCAUUACGAGGCGGCAGAGCAGCGGCUGGCGGUGGAGGUGCUGCAUGCAGCGGACCUGCUCCCCCUGGAUGCCAAUGGCCUAAGCGACCCCUUCGUGAUUGUGGAGCUGGGCCCACCACACCUCUUCCCACUGGUCCGCAGCCAGAGGACCCAGGUGAAGGCUCGGACACUGCACCCAGUGUACGACGAGCUCUUCCACUUCUCCGUGCCCGUGGAGGCCUGUCGCCGCCGCGGGGCCUGUGUGCUCUUCACUGUCAUGGACCAUGACUGGCUAUCCACCAACGAUUUUGCUGGGGAGGCAGCCCUGAGCCUGAGCGGGAUCAGCGGUGUCCUGAGGCCCCAAGUGGGAGCAAGGGCCAGCCAGCCAGUCACCCUGCACCUGCGCCGGCCCCGGGCCCAGGUGAGAUCUGCGCUGCGGAUGCUGGAAGGCCGGAACAACAAGGAGGCACAAGAGUUUGUCAAGAAACUCAAGGAUCUGGAGAAGUGCAUGGAGGCUGACCCCUGAGCACCCCAUCCCCAUGGUGCCCAUCCCCUCCCGCAUGACUGUGUGGCUG